UUGCUAGCAGGAAAUCAAUUAAAAUUUCAUAUGAAUUCUUCUAUUCAAUUCCAAUCCAAUUAGAUGUAGACUUCCUCCAGAACUUAAUUAUUCACAAUAAUCAUUUAAUAAUUGCAAUUUGAAGAUGGUGUGAAAGAGACUCUAAUGUCUAUUGUUGAAAUGUUUUGAAUAUUUUAAUUUUAAAUGACAAGAUGGCAAACAAAAGUGACUCAGUGAACACAGAAGUGGCGGCUGGAUGUGACGCAGGUGACAACUUGGCAUCUACGGAUGAUGGUGACAAGUUGGGGACUCAGAAUAAUGAUCAGCAUUGCUCCGUGGCUGCGGAUGAUGAAGAACUGCAAAAUUGUACCCAUGAUGGUGACAAAGUUGGUAAUGGAGAAGAAGGGGAUGAAUUAGAGGAAGUGGAUGGGGAAGAUGAGUAUGAGGGAGAAGAAAUGGAUGAGGAUGAUAAGGAAGACAAUGGGGAAGAAGAAAUAGAAAAUGAUGAUGAACUUGAAGAAAUGGAUGAGGAAAUGGACAAUAAGCAUGGGGAAGAAGAGGAAGAUGAUGGGGAAGAAGAAAUAGAAAAUGGUGACGAACUUGAAGGAAUGGAUGAAGAAAUGGACAAUAAGCAUGGGGAAGGCAAAGAUGAUGGGGAAGGAGAAAUUGCUGAGGCUGCAGUCAAGAAUGAGGAAGACAUUGGGGAAGCAGAGGAAGAUGAUGGGGAAGAGGAGGAAGACUUUGAGGAAGAAGGGCAGGCUGAUGAUAUAGCGGGGAACAUGUCCGCUGAAGCUGCCACAGCUACGGUGUCAUUGCUGAAGCACAUGCAGGAUGUCGCCGCAAGACCUGAUGACAAGACCAAGACUCCACUUGAGAUAUUCAAGUGUCCGCUGUGUGACUACAACACCCUGACCAUCAAGUACUACCGCCGUCACCUGAGACAGCACACAGCGGACAGCCUCAAAUGCCCGUAUUGUGCUUAUGAAAGUAAGAUCAAGUAUCACAUGGGACGUCACAUAAAGUCCCAUCUCGGGGCAGGUAUGACAACCUGCUCGUACUGUCCCUUCAAGACGACCCGUUCCGAUGUGAUGCGCAGCCACCUGCUGGUGCAUGAGAAGCAGUCCCCGUCAGUGUUCAGUUGCACCAAGUGCAGUUUUACGACCAAGAAGAAGGAGGAGCUACGGUGGCACAGUCGCACACACCUCAAGUUCCAGAAGAUCUUUUCGUGUUCAGAGUGUUCGUACUCGACUCUUCGUCGGGGGCACUUCAACCGACACCUCAACAACCACAACAAGAAGGUACUGCAGUGUCCAUGUUGUGAGUACAGCACCAACAAGGCUGGAGUUAUGUUCAAGCAUGUCGAGCAUCACAGAAAGCUUGGGCAGAAGAUAUAUUCAUGCACUGACUGCCGCUACAUGACUCUUAACCUCGGGACGUACGGACGACAUCUUGAGACUCACAAGUACAACUGUACUUUGUGCAACUACACUGCUUCACGAGAGGAUUAUCUUACUAAACACAUGCAGAUACACGAGAAAGUACACAACAAUGAAGCUGAGUACUCGUGUGAUGACCACACAGGACAGGGAACCUCGUCCACGCCUGACGAGUUCCAAGCCAUGAGUGGCAGCGAUGAAUGUAUGCCAGACGAUGUUAUUAUAAAGCUCAAAGAAUUCAAACGCUCAAAAUCAACUGAACCUGAUGAUUAUUCUGAACCUUCUUUGGUCCAAGAAGAGAACAGUGACACUAAAGAUGAAAUCGAAGCUCCAAUAGGAAAGAAUGCCCCCAGAAAGUCCAAGACAAAAUUUAAAAUGAAACUCCAGUCAAUGUUUCCAUUCCUGAACAGAAAUGCUGACGCCAUCUCCCCAAAAUCUGUGACUGAACCCCUAGUUUCCUUGCCCAUUUCCAUCACGGAAAUUAAUGCGGAAGAAAAACCCGAUCAGGUCUUGGAGGACCGAGAUGCGCUGCAAAACAUUGUCUGGAAAGUCUCCAGGAAAUCCAAGUCCUCUUCUGAGUCAAAAACUUGCAGCAAAGCCUCGGUCAGACCUCCUCCUGCAGGGGGUGACCAAAGCAACUCCACCUCCAAGGGUCCGGAUGACUCAAAUCCUAAGGGCACCCUUGACCACCAUCCUAAGCCUGCCCUUGGCCCUCUUGCUAAACCUCCCCUUGGUCCUCUUCCUAAGCCUGCCCUUGGCCCUCUUGCUAAACCUCCCCUUGGUCCUCUUCCUAAUGCCCCUCUGACCCCCGAAGAGAACCCUAACCCCGACGAAGGGGCCGACAAGACGACCUACUGCAGCAACGGACGUAUUGGUGUGUUCUCGUGCCUCUUGUGCAGCUUCACGACCACCACCCGCAAGUACCUCAACCGACACCUGCGACGUCACAACAAGAUCGAGAAGCUCACGUGCCCCACGUGUAACUACGUCUGCGGGGACGCCAUCAAAAUGAAGAAGCAUUUAGAAGGCCAUGUAGGCCUACACUCCUGCCUCCUGUGUCCAUAUGCUACCGUCCACAAGGAGAACCUUGUCCAACAUAUGGCCGUCCAUAACCAACGUAAUGUGGUGUCCAGUAUUGCAGGAGGUGCUGAUGGAAGGGUCAGCCAACCUGAUGGACUAGGAGGAGGUUGUUCUAAUGGAUUAGUAUCCAUAGGGAAUAUGGAUCGAGUGGGUGGAAACAAUGAGACCUCAGUUCCGUACUCGGGAGCUGCGCAAAGAGAAACGUACAACCUUAAAGAAGAAGAUGGAUAUGACAGUGACAUCAGUGAGCCUGCUAACGUCACCAUCAGUAAAGUGGGUUAUGAUGAACAUCAGAAUGAUGACUCCAACCCUUCUACUGAAGGUGGGAGCGCUAAUGGCCCACAGAUCGAAGACAAUCCAUGCCAUGAGGUGGCGCAGGCUAAACAGAACGUUGGGGGCACACAAAUUUCAAAUGAAGUCCCAGCCUUGGCACCGCUUUUAAGCUCUAACUUCGCCAGCUUAUUGCAUUUCUUCCUGAAUAAUAAGAACUUGGUUCCACCUAAAGUUCAGUCGUCAGUGAUAAAAGAGGAACCAGUUGACGAUGACCAGAAAGAUCAACAACAAACACCAUCAGAAAAAGAAGAGGAAGAAGUAUCAUCGGCUGCCGCCACUUCUGGCCUGAACCUUUUAGCCAGUACCGAGGCCAGCCAACUUCCGCUGUACACGCAGCUGUCCGUCCUGGCCAACAUGUCACUCAUUAACAACAAGAACCUGUCCACAAACUCUUCUGUUGUGUCCUCAAAUAACGGUUAUCUCCCUCAGGCUCUAAUAACCUCAUCCUCUGACCCUGCGGUUGUUUCUUCCGCUUUCGCGGACCCUAACGAAGAGGUAGUCUACUCAUGUCGGGAGUGUCCGUACACUACCAACCGCAAAGACCAUUUAAUACGUCACCACAACCAGCAUACAGGCAAAGGCAUGCAGUAUUGUCCUCACUGUCCAUACUCAACUGUCCGCAAAGAACACAUGAAACGACACGUAAAACUCCACACAGAAGGGGUUCUUGAAUGUACCCUGUGUGAAUACAAGACUCGUCGCAAGGAACAGUUCAGGUUACACAUGCAGAGCCACGAGGUGGGCGACCAUCUCAAGUGUCCACACUGCAGCUACAUCACGCUACGCAAGGAACACUUGAAGAGACACCUCAACAGACACACGGUGGACAGACCUGCGCAGUGCAGGUAUUGCAGAUACACCACCGACAGACGUGACCGCAUGCAGAAACAUGUGGACAACCUACACAGCCACAUCGGCGAUGUUGAUGCUGUGUUCAGAUAUCUGGUGCCUCGUCCUGGCCUGCCUGAGGACAUGGAGGCCUCACCAGUGGACAUGGAGGCCUCACAAGAGGACACGGAGGCCCAGCUGGAGGACAUGGAGGCCUCUCAGGAGGACACGGAGGCCCAGUUGGCCUCCACUAACGACCGGCAGGACAGCGGAAGCCCUGAGUCCUCUGGAGAUGGUGAAGACCUGAGCGAGGUCAGGGCUGGUGCUGCUGACGGCGGCGCUGCUGAGGACGAGUGCUUUGCCCUGAACUUCGUGUCCACCUGCAUGGAGGAGCCUUCAGAGUUACUCCUUCCUAGUAUCCCUCGUGGUGAAACUAAUGGCAUUUUACCCUNCUACCCGCUGUCUGUACCAGACUACCUGCUGUCUGUACCAGACUACCCGCUGUCUGUACCAGACUACCCGCUGUCUGUACCAGACUACCUGCUGUCUGUACCAGACUAG